CAAGAAAACUAUGGUUAAAUUUUUAAUAUUACAGAAUGCAGAUGUUUUCGCAGUUGAUAAGCUACACAGAACAUCCCUCAUGUUUGCGGCAUGGUAUAGUUCGGAAAACAUAGUGAACAUUCUUCUUGAACUAGGGGUUGAUGUGCUUUCUGAAGUCAUUGCUGGACAUUCUGCUGGGGAUUAUGCUCUUCAAAAACGUAAUAUGGAAAAUUACCAACUCAUUUCUUUUUCUCGAGGAAAUGCUGUACUUAAGAAGACUGUAAAUACAAAUCCAGGAGCAGAAGAUGAAGCUAAAGAAUCAACUUCGGACCCUGAGGUACUGUCUCUUGUUAUGAUAUUUUAAAUAUAAGCACUAAGCGAUGUUGAAAUCUAAAAUGCAGUGCUUGUUUCUUCUGUCUUUUUAAAAACAGAGGCAGAAGACAGAGCCCUGAAGCUUGUGCCCAGCAAUUCAGCCCUAGAGGCAGGGACCUGCUGUCUGCCCCGUAAAGCAGCCUGGCUCUGACUGUGGGCAGGAGCAAGUGGGAGGUGGAAU